GCUGAAAUAACGACAGAAAAGGGAACAUUUCUUGACUCCGGGUAGUCACGUGCCUUAUAGAAACUCGAAAUUAACUCAUUUGUUGCAAAACUCUCUUGGUGGUAACAGUAAAAGUUUGAUGUUCGUGAAUGUUUCUCCUCGCGAGGACUCUUUCCAGGAAACCCUAUGUUCACUUCGAUUUGCCACUCAGGUUUUCCCUGAUGCUUUUACGGAACGUGAGUUGAAAAGUAUUCGUUUACAUUGCCCUUCUGAACAAUGUGAAUGGUUUGGCUCCUACGAAGAAUUGGAAGGUCAUUCUCAAGUUUGUGAGCAUGCGCUCAUCAGCUGUGUUCACAAGCAGUGUAACAUUCAGUUACCUCGCUCUCUCCUUAGUGAACAUUUGAAGAAUGAAUGGGAAUAUCGCAAUGUGAAAUGUGAAUAUUGUGGUAAAGAUGUCCCGUAUGCUUCACUUAAGGUAUGCGGAAUAUUCUCAGGCGGAUUAAAGGAAAAUAGAAUGGAGAUAUAGCCAAAAGUGCUAAUAGGUAUUCAUUACGAUGUAUUUAUACCCGUUGGGUCAUAUUUUUGGACUUUUUGUACAAAAAUACAGGAAUAAAUCAAAUGAGCGCUUUUCUCUUGUUUCAAUAUUUAUAAAA